AUGGUAAUGAAUAUGCGUAUUCAUUACCCAAAGAAAAAUCAAAAUAGCAGUGAUGAAACUAAGAAAAUUUUAAGAAUUGAAAGUUACCAGAAUUCUAGUUUAAAAUACAAAAUUCCCUUAAAAAUUAACGACAAAAUUUCGGAUUGCUUAGUAGAUUUGGGUUGUGAAACUACGCUCAUACGACUUAGUGAUGCACAACGGUUGCAAGUUAAAUGGGAGCCGGUAGAAGGGCCUAUACUUUCUGGAUUUGGCAACACGCGUUUCCGUCCCAUAGGUUUAGCUUUCGCAAAUAUUGAGAUUCAGGGAGUCACUGAGGAAAAUGUUGAAAUACUUAUAGUCGAUGACAUGCACAUUAACAGCCCAAUUCUCCUAGGACACACAUUUACAGAAAGACCAACCAUUCAAAUAAUUAAAACUGAGACUGAUGUAAUUUUUCGAAAAGUGAACAACAAUAAAACAUGUAAAUGUGUACUAAAAUGUAUCAAAGACGUUACUAUUCCAACUGGAAACAUCAAAGCCAUACCUGUUUCUAGUAACGAAAGCUACUCGGGAAAGGUUUAUGUAAAUGGGUCUGUUAGAGCAUAUAAAAGUAAAGAGCAUUAUCUUUUACCAGGUGAAUACUGUAUUAGUGAAGGAUUAGGAAGUGUUCUAGUACAAAAUAUUGGGGAACAAUAUAUUACAUUUAAAUAUGGCGACUUAAUUACUCGAGCUUUCAAAAUUGAUGAUAUAUUGCAGAUUAACCAAAUUGAAGUAACUGAAUCUCUCUCAGAUAUACCAUUAAUUAACAUUAGUAAUACUAUUACUGUUGAAGAAAAAAAUAAACUUGAGUGUUUGCUACAAGAAUAUAAAAGUUGUUUCUCAAAUAAUCUAAGUGAACUUGGGUUUACAACAGAAACCGAAAUGGUUUUUACUAACUCGGUGUUGGGUAUUGGUCCUGAUUUUACAACGAAUCGCUCUGUUUCUACAUCCAAUAUGGGUAUUAGCCGUGAUCACUGGCAUAAAAGGAGGGCCACGGGUGGUAAACGUGCGCCCAUCCGUAAGAAGAGGAAGUAUGAGUUAGGUCGCCCAGCUGCCAACACUAAGCUUGGCUCACAACGCAUUCACUUAGUGCGAGCUCGUGGAGGUAACAUCAAGUACCGUGCUCUUCGUCUUGACACUGGAAACUUCGCAUGGGGCUCCGAGUGUGCUACUCGUAAGACUCGCAUCAUUGAUGUUGUGUACAAUGCAUCUAACAAUGAACUGGUGCGUACUAAAACCCUCGUGAAGAAUGCUAUCGUGGUGGUUGACGCCACACCAUUCAGACAGUGGUAUGAGUCUCAUUACUUACUGCCACUUGGUAGAAAGAAGGGAGCCAAGUUGACUGAGGCUGAGGAAGCAAUUAUCAACAAGAAACGUAGUAAGAAAACAGCUAAGAAAUAUUUGUCAAGGCAGCGUCUGUCAAAGGUUGAAGCUGCUCUUGAGGAACAAUUCCAUACCGGUCGUUUGUUAGCUUGUGUAGCGAGUCGGCCCGGUCAGUGUGGCCGUGCUGAUGGCUACGUGCUAGAAGGAAAGGAAUUGGAAUUCUACCUAAGAAAGAUCAAAUCCAAGAGGGCGAAG